AACUGUCCUGCAGGGGGCGCAUGCGCCCUGCGUGACAGGACGUGACCUCAUCAGCGUAGGACUUGUGGGAGGGGAGAAAGGAACGACUGUGAAAAUGGCGUCUCCGAAGACUCUGCCGAAAGAUGCACAGGUUAUGAUUCAGAUUUUGAAAGACAUGGGAAUCACGGAGUACGAGCCCAGAGUCAUCAACCAAAUGCUGGAGUUCACGUACAGAUAUGUCACAACCAUCAUUGAAGAUGCCAAAAUCUACGCCACCCAUGCUAAGAAGUCCAGUGUUGAUGCGGAUGACAUAAGGUUGGCUAUCCAGUGUAGGAUGGAUCAGUCAUUCACGUCUCCACCGCCAAGAGAUUUUCUGCUGGAGGUUGCCAGGCAGAAGAAUCAAACCCCUCUGCCCUUGAUUAAGCCCUAUGCAGGACCACGGCUUCCACCAGAUCGUUACUGUUUAACUGCGCCAAACUACAGACUCAAGUCUCUGCAGAAAAAGGUGUCCUCAUCUGCGGGUAGAAUAACAGUGCCACGGCUCAGUGUGGGGGCAGUUUCCAGUCGGCCAAGCACACCAACACUUGUUAAUACAGUGCAGGAGCUGCAGGGCAACAAGAUCAUAAAGUGUACCCCCACUGUGCAGACCAUGGGCAGUAAAGUGGGAACUCCUGUGUCACUGACAGGCCAGCGCUUCACUGUCCAGAUCCCCUCCUCACAGACUCCCUCUGUCAAGACAGCUACCCCAAGUACUCCAGGUGCAGUCCAGAACGUCCUGAUCAACCCCUCUCUCAUUGGCUCCAAGAACAUCCUCAUUACAACCAACAUGGUGUCUCAGAACUCGUCCAGCGACUCAGGCUCUCUGAAAAGAAAGCAUGAAGACGACGACGACUAUGAUGCUUUAUGACCCUGUGUAUAAGUUGUAACAGUAGUCUAGAUGCUCAUUGCUAGAUAAGCUUGUAAAUAUAUGAUAAUCCUUUUGAGUUUUGCUUUGUCAGCGCCAUCACUUUGUUUUUGAUUAUACCAGUAAUAGCAGGAUCUUGACCAUUUAUUGCUAACUUUUGUAUGUAAAAAUAAAAUGUAGCUGCUAAACCCA